AUGGGCAGCACGUCAGAGGUCUUUGUUGGUUCAAUAGACCAAGGAACGACGAGUUCCAGGUUCUUGAUUUUCAAUAAACAGGGUGAACCUGUUGCGUCACAUCAGCUUGAAUUUAAGCAAAUCUACCCUCAACCGGGAUGGCAUGAGCAUGACCCUCUAGAAAUUGUGUCUUCGGUCGAGAAGUGUAUCGAUGGUGCCGUCGCCCAGUUCGAGACACAAGGCCACAAUAUCAACAGCAUCAAGGCCAUCGGUAUCACGAAUCAGCGUGAGACGACUGUACUAUGGGACCAGCAAACUGGAGAGCCUUUGUACAAUGCCAUUGUGUGGACAGACACCAGAACUCAAAAUAUGAUUCGAAAGAUCAAACACAGACUCGGAGCCGACCUUUUGAAUGAAAUUUCCGGUCUUCCACUAUCGACAUAUCCCUCAGUCGGAAAGUUGCUGUGGCUUCUGGAGAACGAACCAAAGGUGAAGACGGCUUACGACAAAGGAGUGCUUGCAUUUGGUACCAUUGAUGCCUGGUUGGUCUACAAGCUAAAUGGAGGCCCCAAGCGAAACAUUUUCGUUUCCGACCCAUCCAAUGCUUCUCGAACAUUAUUCAUGAACAUCUCGACCUUACAAUACGAUGAGUCUCUCAUCGACUUCUUCCGAAUCGACCCAACCAAAGUUCAUCUCCCCAAGAUCGUCCACUCUUCCGACGCCACUGCGUAUGGCUCCUUGACCACCACCGUUCUCAAAGGCAUCCCCAUCACUGGCGUUUUGGGCGAUCAAUCCGCUGCGCUUGUGGGUCAGAAAGGAUUCACACCUGGUCUAGCCAAGAACACGUAUGGAACUGGAAGUUUCAUUCUGUACAAUGUGGGAGACAAGCCAGUGAUUUCGAAACAUGGGUUGUUGACCACUGUGGCCUUUGACUUUGGCGGCUCCACCAAGCCUCAAUAUGCAUUGGAAGGUAGCAUUGCCGUCGCAGGAUCCAGUGUCAAGUUCCUGGUCGACAAUCUCGGCUUCAUCGAGUCAUCGAGUAAGAUCAGCUCUCUUGCCGAGACGGUCGAAGAUAAUGGCGGCGUCACAUUCGUCACUGCUUUCAGCGGUCUAUUCGCACCAUAUUGGAUCGAUGACGCGAGAGGAACCCUCUUCGGUAUCACUGCGUACACGCAGCGCGGACACAUUGCCCGUGCAACUCUUGAAGCCACUUGUUUCCAGACAAAAGCUAUCUUGGUGGCCAUGGAGAAGGACAGCGGUCACAAACUCACCGAGUUGGCCGUCGAUGGUGGAAUGUGCAAUUCAGAUCUCACUAUGCAGACCCAGUCGGACCUCAUCAGUAUCCCAGUGGUCCGUCCAGCUAUGCGUGAGACGACUGCUUUGGGCGCUGCUAUUGCUGCUGGUCUGGCCGUGGGUGUUUGGAAUGAUAUCGACGAGCUAAAGCAGAUCAAUACCGAGGGUAUGACUAAAUUCAGCCCAAGCAUCGGUCAAGAUGCCGCCGAGACUCGUUUCGCUCGCUGGGAGAAGGCUGUUGAAAUGAGUAAAGGCUGGGCCAACUGA